CAGCAAACGGCUGAGGCAGACAUGGAGCUGAUCCGGACGAAGCGCGCGACGACGUCCGGCCAGAACGGAGGGCCAGGGCAGCCGAAGAGCAAGUACAGAAAGCGAAGCCGCGCGACACCGCCAGGAAAAUGUCAUUCAUGUAAUAUUCGGGAGACGCCAGAGUGGCGCCGGGGACCUGAUGGCGCCCGGACGCUGUGCAACGCGUGUGGCUUGCACUACGCAAAGUUGAUGCGCAAGCGCGACAAGGCGUCAGACGGCAAGCCUGCGCGGAUCGAUCUCGAAACGCUGCGCGCGUCUACGCGUCUGGCAGAG